UGAAAUCAUUAAUCUUUAAAUCGUUCGAUUGAGAGUUUUAACAUUUUAUUAAAUCGGUGCUUCACACUAUCAGUGUCAUAUAAGAAAUUAGGAAUAAAUCAUCAACGCAGUUGCUAAAGGAUAAAAAUAAUUUUUAAUCAAUUUAAGGAUACUAUAAUAAAUAGUUCGCUCAGCUUUUAAAAUGGCUCUGUCCAAAACCGACAAAAAUGAAAAUAUUCAAGAAAUUUAUCUCCGCGAAGCUACUCAACAUUUUCGUGGAAUUGAAAAACCAUUAAAAUAUGGUCCAUCAAUCGAUAACCUGCAAGAUCUUAUUGCAGCGUUACACAAGGAAUUUGAAACAAAUUACGUGAAUAUCGAAAUGGUCAAUCAUAUUCUCCUGUCUUAUAAGUCAAACAUAAAAGAGUGGCACAAAUUUGCAAAAUUCGAUCGUUACAAAUACACUCGCAAUCUAGUUGAUGCUGGAAAUAGCAAAUUCAAUCUGAUGAUACUUUGUUGGGGUGAAGGCCAUGGCUCAGCUAUACACGAUCAUUCCGACUCACAUUGUUUUAUGAAAAUACUCCAAGGCGAAUUGGUAGAAACACGUUAUCAAAUGCCAGAUUCGGAGGAAACCAUUAAAAGCACUAGUGGUGAUAUUGGUCGCAUUGAAGAUGCAGAUGAGAAUUUCAAUGGAGAGGAAUUGAAAGAGCAAGGAAAAUCAGUAAUGGCCUUGAAUGAUGUGUGUUACAUUAACGACAACUUAGGUUUACAUCGUGUUGAAAAUCCUAGCCACACAGACGCUGCUGUUUCCCUGCAUUUAUAUUGUCCACCUUUCGAUUCGUGUUCGGUUUUCCAAAAAAAUUCGGGCAAAAAAAUAAAAUGUCAAGUGACCUUCUGGAGUAAAAAUGGUAAACGUUUAUCAAAAAGUAGCAACCAGUAGAAAUUUUUACUGGUGAUUAUGUUCAGAUAAAAAUUUCUGAAAAGUGUAACUUAAAUAGGAUAAGUACUAAGGUUAGUGAAUUUUUUUUAAUGACGAAGAAAAUUUUCCAAAAAAAAUAAACUACAUUUUUGAAAAAUGCAA